ACAUUUUAUUUUGGUUUUUUAUUAUCACGUGUAAAUAAAUAGGUGAAUAAGUACAAGAAUUUUACAUAUUGUAUGUUAAAUGAAUACAAUAUAUUAUUGUGUGUAAAGUAUGUUAUUAUUUUGUCCAACAUGCGGUAAUAUUUUAAUGGUUGAAGAAGAUACCGUGGGUGAUCGUUUCAGUUGCAAUACAUGUCCAUAUAUAUGCAAGAUUAAAAAAAAGAUUUCUGCAAAAAGUUAUCCACGUCUUAAGGAAGUUGAUCAUGUUAUGGGUGGUGCAGCUGCCUGGGAGAAUGUAGAUUCUACCGAUGCUGAAUGUCCAGUUUGCUCGAAUAAAAAGGCUUAUUUUAUGCAAAUGCAAACACGUUCUGCUGAUGAACCAAUGACAACAUUUUAUAAGUGUUGCAAUCAAUUGUGUGGACACAAUUGGAGAGAUUAAAGUGAUAAUAAUUUAUACUAACCAAGAGUUUAAUAUAUUAAAUUCAAUGUUGAGUCUGAAAGAAAUUAUAAAUUUAGGUUUACAUUUAAGAAAAUAUUUAACGAGCAGUGCAACGCAGCUGCUGCCAACAAUAAAGAUGCGCAAUGUAUAUAAAGUUGAGGAUUCAAAUACGUUAGAGAUAGCUUGUAAAUUGCUUUGUGAUGAUAAAGUUAUAGGAUUACCAACGGAUACGGUUUAUGGUUUAGCAUGUGAUGCCAAUAAUGAAAAAGCAAUACAAAAAGUUUACGAUAUAAAAGGA